AUGUCACUUUUCGUGACUUUACUGCUCUGUCAUUUGGCAGCAGCUUCCUUAACCAUCAAAAUCCCUACCUCCAAUCUCCUCCCCAAUCCACAAGUCCUCCCCGCAUCAACUCAUGCCACCCUGACCACACUCCCCUCCGGCAAUGACCAUCGCCUGACAGCCUCCUUAUCUCAUGGGUCCAACUUGGUCUUCCAGCAUAUUCCCGCGCAGCAGGAAUCGUACUUGCUGGAUAUCCGCUCUAGCGAGUAUGUGUUUGCCCCUUAUCGCGUGGAUGUUGCGGCCGAUGGAUCUCUAUUCUCGGUGUUUGGGAGACCUUCCGCGGAAACCCAUGGGACAAUCGGGGUAAUGAGAAUAGAUGCCAAACUUGUUGGUCGUCGAGGCUUCUUCGAGGAGCGUGCCAAAUUCUCCCCGAUGAGUCUCUUUAAGAACCCUAUGAUUCUACUGGCGAUUGCUGCCCUAGGUUUCACCCUGGUGGAUCCGGAACUGCGCGCGGAGUUUGAGCAACACUCGCGCUCGUCCCCAUUGACAGGCGCUACCAGUAACGCCAUGGCCGGCGGUAAUUUUGACUUGGCGGGCUGGAUGGCUGGUACUUCCUCUGGCUCCACGGCCAAUACCGACGCUGCCCAGGGAGGGGCCACCGGCCGUGAUACAGGCGCUACUGCACGGCGCCGUGGUUGA